AUGGUAAAUGAUACUAAUAUUAAAUAUCAGUUCCAAGAAAUACUUAGUUUUUUUAAGAGUAUUAUUUUAAUCAUUUAUAACAAAAUGUAUAUUGGUAUGGAGAUAAUUUACAAUUAUUUUGAAUAUUUUAGAAAUGAGAUAUAUAACAUAAGAGUGGAUUCUAUAAAGAUGUUUUUCUCUAUAAUUUUUUAUGUGCUCUUUUUUUUAUCUGUAAGUUUUUUAAUAUAUAACCAUAUAACAAAAAAUAAAAAAAAUAAUACUAAAAAUACAUCAUCUAUCCGUGCAUAUCCACUAAGAGAAAGAAAUCAAAAGUCAUCCAGUAGAAAAAUAACGGAAAAAAAAAAAGAUCAAGGAAAAUCUAAUGGAAAUAAAAAUAACGAAAAUAUUGAUGAUGAAAAUUUAAAAGAGAAAAAAAAGGAUACUAUUAAAGAUAAAAAUGAAGAAAUUAUACAUAACGAAAAAAAAUCUAAGAAGAAAAAAAGAGAAAGUAAAAUAUUAAGUGAAAUUCCUAUAGCUGACCCUUUAUGUAGUGAUCGUAUUGCCUACAUUGACUUAACGGUGAGUGAGUUAAAUUUAAAAGAAAAAGAAAAAGAAAAAGCAAUAUUAAAUGAAAAAAAAAAGACUAGAGCAAAAAAAAAUGGGAAUAAAAAAAAUACUCUUAAUAAUAGAGUUACUGAUGAACCAAUUGUUAGUAGAUAUGGUAGAAUGCUUAAAAGAAAAAAUGAGUAA